CUUGUCAUAUAGUGGUUUUGUGGACGCUUCAUUUCUGACUAGCUCGUAUCGAUCUACUUAUAUGUCCUUUUUCAAGCCUGUGCCUGAUAUGCAUAAUUGUUCUCCAUAUGAUGGUCCGAGAAUUAUAGCUGAUGAGAGGCUAAAACGUGGAGCUGGACGUCCACGGUCCACUCGAAUACAAAAUGAAAUGGAUGCAGCUGAUAGGUCUGGCAAAUAUAGAUGUAGCAUUUGUAAGGUUUCAGGACACAAUAAGCAAAGAUGUCCUAAUAAGAACGGUGAAGGAACAUCUGGGUCUGAUGGCGCAGUCCAUCUUUCCCGGCCCCACUGAUCGCAGCGUUCUCACCCUCCAGGACCAGCAUCGGAGUGAGGAUGUCUGGAGGGGAGUAGCGGACACGGUACUAUCGUGUCGGUUGCAUCAUCACAGUCUCUAUCUUGACUGGGAGAUUCACGAGAGGGUUCUUCGGUAUGUCGAGCGGGCUGGUUUUCUCGGCAUACAUCGUUUGGUAGGGGGAGGUUUGGAGAUUGAUAGACCACUUCUGACGGCAUUAGUGGAGCGAUGGAGGCAGGAGACCCAUACAUUUCAUUUGACUGUUGGGGAGGCGACGAUUACUUUGGAGGAUGUCGCUGUUAUCCUUGGACUUAGAGUCACGGGGCACCUGUUAUUGGUCGAGGCGAGGUGGAGAUGCAGUCCAGGUUCUUUAUCCCCGCUUUUAGCUGAUCUCGACGUAGCAGGGACAUAUAGUUGGGGUAGUGCGACCCUUGCAUACCUGUAUCGGCAGCUAUGUCGGGCAUCACAUAGGGGUGCGAGGGAGUUAGGUGGCCCUGUGUUGUUGUUACAGAUUUGGGCAUGGGAGCACAUACACAUUGGCAGACCUCGGAUUUCGAGGGUGCGGGACCCACCUCCACAGUUUGACGAGGCCGUUCCUAUUUUAGGCUCCCAGCAUGUUCCGGGGAUUGACCCCUUAGCUGUCAGUUGGCUUCGAGUACACAUCACUAGGUCCCACACAGCAGGUGGGCUUCCUUACUACAGGGAUGCACUUGACCAUCAGACGGACGAGCAGAUGACUUGGCAGCCAUAUACUGAUGCGAGACUGGCUUGUUACCUGCUAUAUGUCGAGCUGAUCGACAUGUAUGGCGCACAUGGCCCCACUUAUCUGUUUCGACAUUGUAGAGUUCCAUUUCCCUGGUCGAGUUAUGCGCCAGUUUGGAUUCGAGCAGACGAUUCCCGCACCUUCUGA